AUGUCUCUACAAUUUCAUGAGACGAAGGAUCUGUUGGACAUCGUCGACAAUCUCCGAUCACAUGGAAUCAAUGAGUAUAUCGACCUCCCCGAGAUCAUCGUAUGCGGCGAGCAGUCAUCCGGCAAAAGCUCAGUCCUCGAAGCGGUUUCAGGCGUCAAGUUCCCCAGCAAAGAUAACUUGUGCACCAGGUUCGCGACGGAGCUUAUCCUCCGACGAGGCACAGAUGCACCAAUCAAGAUCAGUAUUGUUCCCGGAUCGAAUGAGAAAGAUCGCUCAGAGAACGAUCUCGACAAGCUGCGUAACUUCCACUAUUCCGGCGCAUUGGAAGGCUUCGAUCUCGGGCCCGUGAUUGAAGAAGCGAAAGCGACGAUGGGUAUUGCGGAAGGGGAUGGCAAGGUAUUCAGCUCCGACAUCCUUCGCCUGGAGCUAUCUGGACCCGACCAACCACAUCUGACCUUGGUCGAUUUGCCUGGCUUGUUCCAGGCUGGGAGUCGCUCCCAAUCAGACGCGGAUGCCGAGACCGUGAAGUCGCUUGUACUCUCGUACAUGAAGAAGUCACGUAGCAUCAUACUCGCCGUCGUAUCCGCUAAGAAUGAUUUUAGCAACCAAAUCAUUACUAGGUAUUGUCGCGACAUCGAUCCACGCGGGGAACGAACCCUUGGGCUGAUCACGAAACCGGACACGCUGUACGAAGGAUCUGAUAGCGAGCGAUCCUACUUUGAAGUGGCGCAGAACAAAGACGUUAAAUUCCGCUUAGGCUGGCACGUGCUUCGUAACAGGGACUAUAACUCCAAGGACUCCACCACAGAAGAACGAGACAAAGUCGAAGCUCUGUUCUUCGAAACUGGUAUCUGGAGAGCGCUUCCAUCCGACCAGACCGGGGUCCAUGCACUCAAGCCGAGACUUAGCAAGAUUCUCAGGGACCACAUCGUAUCCCAGCUACCGGAUGUGCUUGCGCAGAUCAAAGACGGUAUCAAAGAAUGUGAGGAGAGAUUGAACACCCUAGGCGCAUCCAGAGCCGCGCCUCACGAGCAGCGACGUUACCUCUUGCAAGUCAGUCAGUACUUCAGCUCGCUUAUCAAAGCUGCCAUCGACGGGCAAUAUUGGGACCCUUUCUUUGGUGAAGCUUCUGCCGAUGAGGGCUACAAGAGGCGGUUGCGGGCUUUUCUCCAGAACACCCUGUCAGCUUUCGCGGCGGACAUGCGAAAAAAAGGGCACGCUCUCACCAUUCUUGACGACGGCCCAACUAAGCCGCCUCACCAAAUUUCGCGCGCAGACUACAUUGCGUGGGUCACCAAACUACUGGAACGAACCAGAGGCCGAGAACUACCCGGAACAUUCGAUCCACUUGUUGUCGGGCAACUGUUCCACGAUCAGCGAAAGCCAUGGGGAGGGCUGAUCGAUCGUUACUCCGCGACUAUCGUACGUGCUGCCCAGUAUGUGGCUCGCAGAGCCCUGGGGCACGUCUGUGAUGAGCGAACCCUGGGCCUGCUAUCAAGGCGGUUCAUCCAGCCUCGAUUAGAGAAACUGACCACCGCACUCCGUGACAAGAUAGCAGAACUCUUGGAGCCUCACCAUACCGGUCACCCCAUCACGUACAACCAUUACUUGACAGAGAAUGUUCAGAAAGCGCAGAGCAAACGACGAGCUAGAGCUGUCAAAGCGUACCUGGAGCGGCUAUUCGGCGCGGAUCACACCGAGAAGGGCAAUGUCACUAUAACCUUUAACAUGGACGCAUUAUUUGAUGCGUUAGUCAGGAAGAGCGAGGCGGACAUGGACACGUAUGCUAGCUUUACCGCCACCGACUUCAUGGAAGCCUACUACAAAGUUGCGCUGAAGAAAAUCAUCGAUGACUUCAGCGUGCUCGCUGUCGAAGCCUGCUUCAUCCAGCAGCUCCCCACCUUGUUCUCGCCGGCCGACGUUAUUGACCUUGACGAGGCGACAGUGGCUGCUUUGGCGGCGGAGAGCGAAGAAUCUUCAAAGGAGAGAGCGCGUUCUAGCGAAAAGCUCAGGGUACUAGAGGAUGGGCUUAAGGCUCUUCAAAACGUGCAAGACAUCUCGCCUCUUCCACAAGAACUUGAAUCCGAGUUCUUGCAGCUUGACACAGACUCGGACCGUGAGCAGGCAAGCCCAGAACCAUCAGAAGAAUUCGAGGAGGAGGAUGAUGAUGUUGUUGAAGAUCCGGUGGAAGAAGAAGUCCCGUCGAAAGAAGCCCCUGAAGAGCGUCUGUGGAGGUUUGAGUAA